CCUGCCCCCCUGAAUUAUAACUGCAUCUACUGUGGGGAGCACGACCAUUCGAUCAGGAGAUGUCCCAAGGUCGAGGAGGAUAUUAGGGCCGGUCGGUGCAAGCGGAACGCGGAGGGACAAGUGGUCCUGCCAGGCGGAGCGAUGGUCUCGAGGUCCGUACCAGGAGCGACGAUGAGGGACCGCAUUUUAGAAUGGCAUCGCCAGAACCCCGGGCAGACAAGCGUCCAUUUAUUGGACACAAUGCUAUGGGAGGAGGUGCGAGCGUCGGCGGCCCCACAGACCACGGAUAUGUUCCAUUUGGACCAGCGGGAGCGAAUUGAGGCCUUGGAGCGGGAAUUAUUUGCGUUGAGAGGGAAAGGGAAGCAGGUGUUUGACGGAGUCUACGUUCCUCCUCCGAAUAGGUCGUCCAACCCCUCCAAGGAGUCCGGAGUUGGUCCGACAGGUCCCGCACCCUCUAGAGCCAAGAGUCAAACGGUACGAGAACAGCCAGUGGCCGAAGCAGUGCGGCCGGCAAUAAAUCGAGAGUCCCCACCUCACAUGUCAGAGGGACCAAUCCAUCCAUUCGCCGGUGCAAGGGACGUCAACAGGCCUAGGCAGGCAAUUCCCCGGAGUGUCGAGAAAGGCUCGGCUCAAGCAGCAGACGCGUCACAAGCCAAGGAGCCAGCCUACCGCACGCAGGCCCCUGUCUAUAAUCCUCGCAUCUCGGACCUGGUGUUUGAGCGGUCGCUCAAGACUCCGAAUAUUUCGUUGACCUCUGAGGAAUUAUUAUCCAUCGCUCCGGAGGUCCGAGCGAAGUAUAGGGACAUUGUGACACCCAAGAAAGUGCCCGCGCCGCCCGCUAUUCGACUCCAAGCCACUAUACAGGAAGUGGAGGAUGAAGACGAUGGUCCGGAGUUGCCGGAUGUGGAGCAAUUAAUUCACAGCGGUAGUUCGAUCCGUCCUGGAGUGUUGGUGGUUCCCGACCCCUAUGAGAUUUAUCUCCGGAGUCUAGGUCCGGGGGAGACACCGAAGCAGUUGGUUGUGGCCAAGGAGUCUCAUGCGUUGCGGUCCAUUAUGGGGCUCAUAGACAACCAGGAGAAGGUCGAGGCGAUUUUAGAUCCAGGUUCUCAGAUCGUAGCAAUGUCGGAGGCGGUUUGCCAUUCACUGGGACUUCAGUACGACCCUACGAUUCAGCUCCAGAUGCAGUCGGCAAAUAAAACCAUCGACAUGUCGUUAGGAUUGGCGCACAAUAUUCCCUUCCAGGUCGGAGAUAUUACCGUUUACCUCCAGAUCCAUGUUAUUAGGGAUCCAGCCUACGACAUUUUAUUGGGACGUCCCUUCGAUGUAUUAACGGAGAGUUGCAUCAAAAAUUUCAAAAAUGAGGACCAGACGAUCACGAUCAACGACCCCAACUCUGGAAUUGUGUCCACUAUCCCGACAUUUCCAAGAGGU